CAGCUCCCUCUCCGGGAGUCAGUGGGACCCACCGUCCACCCUGCGCUCUGUGGAUGAACAGCAUACAUUAAAGUUUACAUUUCUCUCCUUUGUUAUUUCUCCUUUUUUUGUGGCAUUUGGUGCUUUGAUCUAUUUGAGCAACACAACCUUUAGAGGGAAACUUCUUUGGACUCUUAACCGCUGGACUCAAGCGGCCUCCAAAUCUCUUCAUAAUCAUGGGGAUCAAAGCUGCUCUCCCCAAGUAUGAGAUCUACUUCUACAACACCGUGCUGUGCCUGGCCAUGUUCUGGGCAGCCGGCUGGAUCUUUGAAGUGUCAAGCUCCAAUUUAAACAGAAAGACAUUCAAAGCCAGUGUGAGACCUGGAUACUUUGGGAGAAAAAUGGACACUGCAGAUUUUGAGUGGAUGAUGUGGUUUUCCACCUACAGAGAUCACAUCCUGUUUGCCCUCUCUGGUCAUGUGCUCUUCGCCAAAAUCUGCUCUAUGCUCGCACCUCAGUACAGGUCCUUGGUUUACAUGGUGUAUGGUCUGCUGGCCGUAUGGACCAGCAUGGGUUGGACCUAUGUCUCCCUCAUGCUGUCCCACUGUAUCCUGCUCUACAGCAUCUCCUUAGUGAAAAUCCGCUGGCUCUGCUUUGUUGCUGGCCUCUGCACCCUGGCCACGUUCAAGUGUGAACCCUUUGUCUCCUGGCAGGCAGGUUUUGUGGAAGGAGACUUUGAGCUGCGGCAUGUCCUCUUUUACGGUGGCUGUGGGUUCACUAUCAUGCGCUGCAUGAGCUUUGCUUUGGAAAACUGUGAAAGGAAAGAUGGGAACUACAACAUCCUGGAGCUACUCAAGUACAACUUUUACCUGCCUUUCUUCUACUUUGGACCCAUCAUGACCUUUGACAAAUUUUAUGGACAAGUCAAUAAGUCUGACCUGAGCAGGAAAGAGCGGGAGAUGUGGAACAUCAGCUUGCAGGGUGUGAUCCAUUUGGGAGUCGUCCUCGUAGUGGAUGUCCUCUUCCACUUCAUGUACAUCCUCACCAUCCCCACUGAUAUAAAGCUGCUGAAGCACCUCUCUGACUGGGCUCUGGUGGGUCUGGCCUACAUCAACCUGGUCUAUGACUGGGUAAAAGCAGCUGUCAUGUUUGGAGUCAUCAACACCGUGUCCAGACUGGAUCAUCUGGACCCGCCCAAACCACCAAAGUGCAUCACCAUGCUCUAUGUGUUCUCUGAAACGCAUUUUGACAGAGGGAUCAAUGAUUGGUUGUGCAAGUAUAUUUAUGAUUAUCUUGGUGGAAAGCAUGACAAUAUGGUAGAGGAGCUGGUGGCAACACUUUGCACGUAUGGUGUGGCCAUCCUCUGGUUGGGCCCCUGUGAAACAGUCCUAUUCUGGGCUUUCUUCAACUGCUUUGGUUUGAACUUUGAGCUGUGGGCUGCUAAGGUCUUCUCCAUGGAGCCAUUUGCAUCCUUUGAGAUGGCAAUGUCGGAGGCAAUGUCCCGCCGCAUAAGAGCAAUCUUCAACUCAUUCAACUUCUGGUGCAUUGUGCUGUUCAACCUUAUGGCUCUGAGCAGUUUGGACUUCGUAAAGUUGGUCGCCAAACGGCUGCUUCUCAAAGGCUUUCCUAUAACUACUAUCAUCGUCAUGUUUGUGACCUACUGCCUGAUUCAAGUGAUCAAGGAGCGUGAGAGGAGACAGGCCCUCAUUGAUGACCCUGAUCCACUUCCUCCUGCCCCGCCUCCUAAUGCCACCACAGCCCCCAGUCCUCCCACUCCUGCUCCACAGCCAGUGGCCGAUCCCAGCAAGGAGAAAGCAGAGUAAUAAAAUUCUCCAUUCAGAGAUGAACAAACCAUCUAUAUAAGAGUAUUGGAAGCUUCAUUAUGUCCCACUUAGCUUUUACAGCAGAACAAUUUUGAAUGAACCCAGAGUGGUUGUAAAUACAAAUGAUUGUAUUUACAGAUGGUAAAAUUUAGAUGUCAUGAUAGAUGUAACAGAUGCUUCAAAGUUAAUAAAAGCAUUUACUCAAUGUAACAUGAUGUAUAGUCUUGGAUUUAUAAAGAUGUUUUGUUUAAAAAAAGCACUGACUUUCUGAUGCUCAUCAUUACAAUAUAAGAAAAGCAAUGUAUGGCUGUAAGUUUACAUGAAGAGGUUUUAUUUGUUCUUGUAAAAAGUACAACUAAAUUAAACCCUAUUAACCUUA